AUGGAUCUGGAUUCUCCAGACCAGCAUGGUACUAAGCGUGCGGUGGAGGAGUCAGAGGUCUCUGGGUCGUCCAAGCCCAAGAGAAUUAAGGCCCUCGAUCCCGAUGUCGUCAACAAGAUCGCAGCCGGAGAGAUUAUCGUAGCUCCAAUGCACGCGCUGAAAGAGUUAAUCGAGAACGCUGUCGAUGCGGGCUCUACUUCGAUCGAGGUUCUGAUCAAAGAUGGAGGGUUGAAGCUUUUACAGAUUACGGACAAUGGGCAUGGUAUUGAUCGCGACGACCUCCCCAUUCUCUGCGAACGAUUCACCACAUCCAAACUCAAGGAAUUUGAGGACCUCUCUUCGAUCGGAACAUAUGGUUUCCGCGGCGAAGCAUUAGCCAGUAUCAGUCACAUCGCUCAUCUGACAGUGACAACAAAGACGGCUGGGUCUAGCUGCGCCUGGAGAGCACAUUACGCUGAUGGAAAGCUGGUUCCGGCAAAGCCAGGACAAAAUGCCGCUCCCAAGGCUACCGCUGGCCGUGGAGGAACACAAAUCACGGUCGAGGACCUGUUCUACAAUGUCCCUACUCGCCGCCGUGCGUUUCGCUCCGCGAGCGAAGAGUACGCGAAGAUCCUCGAUGUUGUUGGUCGGUAUGCAGUGCACUGCUCUGGUGUUGCCUUCUCAUGCCGCAAGCAUGGUGACUCGGGAGUUAGUAUCUCAACGCCCUCCAGCGCGACCAUUGUCGACCGAAUCCGCCAAAUUCAUGGCAGUGCAGUGGCAAAUGAAUUGGUUGAAUUCGAGGCCUCAGACAGCAAGCUUGGUUUCCGUGCCUCGGGCUUAGCCACCAAUGCCAAUUAUCAUGUCAAAAAGACGACCAUCCUGCUCUUCAUCAAUCACCGCGCUGUGGAAUCAACUGCUAUCAAACGCGCGGUGGAACAGACAUACUCCGCAUUCCUGCCAAAGGGUGGACAUCCUUUCGCAUAUAUCGAUCUGGAAAUCGAGCCACACCGCGUGGAUGUUAAUGUUCACCCGACUAAACGUGAGGUGAAUUUCUUGAACGAAGACGAGAUCAUUGAGAUGGUUUGCAAUGAAAUCAGGUCCAAGCUUGCCAAAGUUGACUCGAGCCGAACAUUCCUCACCCAGAGUCUUUUGCCCGGCGUUCAGACCAUCGAUACCAUUCAGCUUGAUCAGGGCUCAGACAAUGAAGGUGUAGCAGAUGGGAAGGUAACACGCACACCGAAGACACCCGCCACAUCCAAAAGACCAUACGAAAACAAUCUCGUCCGCACGGAUUCCAAAGUCCGCAAGAUUACCUCCAUGCUUGCCCCAUCUCCUGCACAACCUGACACGCCUACCAUCCCCGGCAAUCCACCAUCAUCUAUACUGGACGACAGUCUCCAGUACGAAACCACAGACCGUCAACCCCUCCGCAUCGCCCUCACGUCCGUCAAGAGCCUUCGCAGCGCUGUUCGUGACACCAUGCAUAAUACGUUAACGGAAAUGUUCGCGUCACAUACCUAUGUCGGUCUCGUGGAUGAACAACGACGCUUAGCAGCCAUCCAAUCCGGAGUGAAACUCUACCUAGUAGACUACGGUCUCGCCUGCAAUGAAUUUUUUUACCAGGUCGGGCUGACGGAUUUUGGCAACUUUGGCGUCAUCCGUUUAGAUCCUCCACCGAAGCUGGUAGAUUUACUGAAGAUUGCCGCUGAAGCGGAGCAGCAGAGACAUAGCAGCAACGAUGCGAAUACAGAGACCAUCUUCGCCAAUGCCGCAGAGAUGGUAACACAGACCCUGAUCGAGCGCCGUGAGAUGCUGGACGAAUACUUCUCAAUAAAAAUCAGUGCCGAGGGCGAGCUCCUCACGAUUCCACUUCUUUUGAAGGGAUAUGUGCCCUCGCUAGCAAAACUGCCGCGAUUCUUGCUCCGGUUGGGUCCCUAUGUGGACUGGUCUGGCGAAGAAGAAUGUUUCCGCACCUUUCUACGUGAACUCGCGACUUUUUAUACCCCAGAGCAGCUCCCAGUCGCACCAUCGAAGGAUGCUUCGACUUCCGAUGAACCCAACGUGGACGCCCCAACAGAAGAAGACCCGAUGAUCCAAACACGCCGUGCGCAAAUGGCCCGAAUGCUAGAGUACGCUGUAUUCCCAGCUCUCCGUGCACGACUAGUUGCUACAUCGCGGAUGCUAAAGGGCGUGGUGGAGGUUGCCGAUCUGAAGGGACUCUACAGGGUAUUCGAGCGAUGCUAA